AUGGCCGAAACGUUAACAUUUCACUCACCGUCAAUAUGGGAUAAACGUUCAAUAAGUCGAAUGAAGUGCAAAAUAAAAAAUGCAACGUACCCAGUUCCAAUCAAGAGCUUACCACUGAUGAUAAUGACAGUGACUGCAAUUCACUUUGUCGAACAGCACGAUUCUAAUUCUGGCGAUGUCGUCAGAUUAAUUUCUCUCAAUUUUAACACGUCUCCCUGGGAAAGCUGUCUCAUCGCAGGUUUCCUAUCGUGGCUAACCGUAGUGAUAACAAUUCGAUUCACCAUACGACUGUUACUUCAAUAUCAAGGUUGGAUGUACGAAAAGCAACCAACCAAGCCGUCGUUAGCCACCAAAUUAUGGGCAUUUUCACUGAAGAUACUACUUCUCCGGCAAAAACCUGCGUUGUAUAGUUUUCAGAGUUUACUACCAAGGUUACCAGUACCGAGACUUGAUGCUACAAUAGAUCAGUAUCUGAAGAGCAUGAAACCUCUCCUCGAAAGUCACAAGUACGACCAACUGGUGACAUUGUCUCGAGAUUUCAAGCAAAACCUAGGUUCAAAACUUCAACGAUACUUAUAUUUCAAGUCGUGGUGGUCUGAAAAUUACGUCACUGAUUGGUGGGAAAAAUACGUUUACCUGAGCAAUCGCUCGCCUCUUCUUGUCAACUCCAACGUGUACGGACUCGAUCAUAUUUACGUUCAUCCAACUAAGCUUCAGGCUGCUCGUGCUGCUUACCUGAUUCACGCGUUAUUGCGCUAUAGGGAACUUGUUGAAAGCCAACAACUUGAUCCGAUUGUUAUACAAGGCGUACUCCCAUUGUGCUCUUAUCAAUACAAACGGUACUUCAAUAGUGCCAGAAUACCGGGAAUGGAAAUCGAUGAAAUUGUUCAUUACGACGAUUCGGGUCAUGUCGCCGUCUACCACAAGGGUAGAUACUUCAGAGUUCCUAUUUACCACAAAAAUAGAAUUCUACAGCCGUCAGAGAUCGAAUUACAGAUCCAGUCGGUUUUGGACGACAAGAGUUCGCCAUACGAGGGAGAGGAGAAAUUGGCGUCGGUUACGGCUUUAAAUCGAAGCGAAUGGGCGAAGAUAAGGAAGCAGUUUUUGAGCACUGGUAUUAAUCAAUAUUCGCUGCAAAUUGUCGAGUCAGCUGCUUUUUUCGUUGCUUUGGAUGACUUUUCAUACGAAGAUCAGAAUGGGACAAGCUUGACUGAUUUUUCUCGCACAACUUUUUGUGGAAAUGGUUACAAUCGAUGGUGCGACAAAACCUUCUGUGUAGGCAUCGGAACCAACGGCAGGGCUUGCAUACAUGUAGAACAUUCAUGGGCGGAUGGCUUAGUUCCAUCUCACGGAUGGGAAUACGUUCUUGGCAUGGAACUUUUGAAUGGGUACAAUGAAGACGGUCACACUAAGGGAUUACCGGAAUUUCCACCACCAGCGCCAAUCCGAUUAAAUUGGGACUUUAACUUGGAAUGCCUGGAAGCUAUCGAAAAAUCGGCUUUGUUAGCCAAAGAACUGAUUGCCGGAGUAGAUUUAUUCGUAUACACGCACGAUGACUACGGCAAGGGUUUCAUGAAGAAGGUCAAAGUCUCACCGGAUGCUUACAUUCAAAUGGCUUUACAAUUAGCGUUCUAUCGAGAUAUCGGAAAACUCGCCUUGACCUACGAGUCUACGAUGACAAGACUCUAUCGCGAAGGUCGUACCGAGACACUGAGGUCGUGCACUCAAGAGAUGGCUGCGUGGAUCAAGUCUAUGAAUGAUGCAAAGUCAUCGGUCGAAGAAAGACGGCAACUUCUAAUGGACACUGCAGCUCGUCAUAAAAAGAACUAUCAAGAUGCUAUGUGUGGCAAAGGAAUCGAUAGACAUCUCUUCAGCCUUUACGUCGUGUCAAAGUACUUGCAAGUUGAUUCACCUUUCUUGAAGGAAGUAUUUACUCAGCCAUGGCAAUUAUCAACCUCGCAAACUCCUCAAAACCAACUGUUCAAAAUGGAUAGUAAAAGGUAUCCUGAAGUGAUUACUGGCGGAGGAGGAUUCGGUCCUGUUGAUGAGAAUGGAUAUGGCGUAAGCUAUAUCGUUGGUAACGAGGACGUACUUUUCUUUCACAUUUCCAGUAAACAUGCUUCUACCGAAACUGAUUCGAAGAGAUUUGGUGGGGAAGUGAGCAAAGCUUUGGCUGAUAUGAAAAAGCUUUUGCAAUAGAAGAGCUUCAGUUACGAAAAUAGGCGCAUUAAUAAUAUUUAUAUCACAGAUCUACGAAAUAUUUG